AAAAAAAUUAUUAACAGACAAAGCUGCGUACGGAAUAUUUAGCAGCGAAGAUAGACUUAAAUGAAGAUAGAAGAAAUAAUAUCAACGCAUCAACGAGCCAUUUUCUUCAUUAAAACGUUGCGAUAAAGUUGGUUCAAUAUUAGACUCAAGUGGACAGCAGCUGCUCUGCCUUCGCCCACGCAACAGUUUGAUCAUCACACCGAUCAACUGCAGCAAAACUGUCGAUACACGAGCACAGUGCCGCCGAACACAGCGCAAACAUACGACGCCGUCAUGUAUGAAAAUUCAUGUUCAUAUCAAACGGCGCUCGAUCUAAAGCGUGUCUCACCGCCCACGCUGGCGCAAGUGAAGACCGAAGAUUGCCUAACGCUCGGACAAUGCUCGCCCGAUUGGUCCACAUAUCGCUUCCAUCAGUCCACAUUCGAACAGUUGAAGCAAAGCGUAGAGAAAGCGAAAGCAGCGUUGCAGGAUCGAAGUGGUUUCUUUGGGGCAUCGAGUGCAUUCAGCGACAUCUACUCGACGCAACGACUAAGCGACACGCUCGGCGAUACGCUGCCCAAUGUACAAUCGACGAAUGGCGGCAACUGUAUUGGCAUCGUACACAACAGCAGCGGUUUGGGCUGUAAUACGGUGGCGAGCACGCCGAGUCUGGUGCUGAAUGGCAAUUGCAUAACCACCGUUUCAUCGGCCACAACGGGGCAGCGUUAUCGCUUGGAUAGCCUACAGCCAGUGACCGGUUGCUCGCCCGUCUCCCAGCAUGGUCUCAUCAGCACAAGCAGCGCGCCGCCACCGCUGACGUCAGGCGCGCUGGAUGCGAACAGUGUGGUGGUGGAGAGCAAGUCGAGAGAAAAAUCGUCCUCUGUAUGUUCGUCCUCUUCCACGCCGCACGCUGUCAGCACGAGUAGUGAAAAUCAUCGCAGCUCCAGCAAAUGCAUAAGCGGCAUGGCUGAGCGCCAGGGACUCUUAUGUUGUUCGCAGGAGGUCUUACCCGGGGAAGAGAAGGACGAGACGUUUAAGGAUCUCUUCUAUGAGCGCGUGGAGAACACAUACCAGCGCUGCAUCCGUCACGAUAUCAAAAUCGUGCUUGGCGAUUUCAAUGCCACGGUGGGCAAGGAAGGAAAUUCAGCAUUUACGACGAAACGUUUAAUGACGCACUGA